AUGGAGGUGGAGGCCAUGCGCAACGAGGAUAUCAUCGAACUAAGUCAGAGCGAGUGGGGUUCACCGAUCGUCUUAGUUCCCAAACCAGACGGGACUCAACAAUUCUGCGUGGAUUAUCGGAAGGUCGACACCGUUACAAAAUCGGACUCCGAUCCAAUUCCGGGAUUGGAGGACUGUCUCGAAAAAGUCGGACAAGCCAGUUACGUCACCAAGUUGGCCUUACUGCGUGGUUACAGGCAGUUGGCGAGUAUGGACUUGGAAGUUGAGGGGAUUCUGGAGAGACUUUGGGAUGCCAUGGAACGCGGUGGGAUAUCGGAAAUGGCGCCUCUAGUGGAGGCGGAGAGGAAGAGGGUGGAGUGCGUGACGGUCCAUGUGGCGGUCACUGGGACCUCCCGAGCGGGGAAGUCCACCUUCAUCCGCUCUGCCAUGGGCUUUCAAGAUGGCGAAGAGGGUGCCCCCACCACCGACCUGAGCCAGCAGCUGGUGAAGCCGGCACCGUAUCAGAGGCCAGGAUCCCCCGGCUGUACGUUCUGGGAGCUGCCUAACGUCGAAGGGACCGGCUUCUCGCCGGGGGACUACUUGCGGGCGGCGGAGGUGGACCGCUACACUGGCUUCUACGUCCUCUCAUCGGGCCGCUUCACCUGGCAGGCGGCAGCCCUCGCCGAUGAGCUGAGGCGGCUGGGCAAGCCCUUCUACUUCAUCCUCACCAAGAUCGACGCGGACGCGCGCGGUCACAAGGACGCGGAGUUUGCCCGCGAGGCCCUGCGCGUCGUUGCCGCCAAUCGCUUUGCCCACUUGGAUGUGGGCUACGCUAUUGGCCGCUUCUACUGCGUCUCCUGCCUCGAGAGUGACCGGUUCGACUUCCCAGCCUGCAUCCGGGCCCUGCAAAAGGACGCCAUGCCUGCUCUUCAGAGGCACGCCCUCCUGCUGUCCCUGCCCCAUCUCGCUGACAAGACCGAACUGAAGAACUCGCUGAAGGCGUUGAUCCCACUGUCGGCCGUCUACAGUUGCGUCAUCGACCCCCUCCCGGUCGAGCAGCUGCCUUACCAGGCAAACGUCCGCUUCCUGUGCGACGAAAUCCGGCUGUACCGCCUCCUGUUGGGCCUUGACUACCAGGCCCUGAGCAAGAGGGCCAGGCUGAUCGGGCAGCCCGCCUUUGUCCUCUCGGACGAGAUCCAGACCCGCAUGGCCAGGGAGCUGACCGAGAAGGCCGUGGCGGAGGAGCUGCUGAGGUGGACGGAGAAGAAUGUCCUGGUGUCCCCCAACAAUGUGAAGUGGAUCCCCCUCCUGGAGAGCCUGCCUGGGGGGAAGCUCUCUGGCGCCUCCACCAUCAGGCUGCUGGACGCCAUGUUGGAGCAGUUCAUGGACGAUGUCUACCGGGUUCAGAGAAAAGUGGCCAAUGUGCUAAGGGGUGACUGA